CGUUUUUCGAUAUAGCGACGCUUGAAAUUGGGUACCGUAACUUGGAAACAAAAACGUACAGUCUUGGAUUACCCUCUAGUUUGUUACAUUACUCACUGAUUCUUCGAGCAAAAGAAAAUGCCUCUCGUCAUCGGCUCUGCCGCUUCUUCGUCGUCCGGCCAUGGUAUGGCAGGAGCCCUCGCAUUGGGUACGUUUGUUCGACCACAGCUCUUUGGAGCAUUCUGUGGAGGAGGCCAUCUCCAGCAGCAGCGACGGAGCAAGUACACGAAGACCAAUUCCUACCGAGUGCCAGCACGCGCCCACGUUUUCACGCGCAGCUUUCUCCAACGACCCCACAUAGGGAUUCGAGCAUUGUCAGCGGAAUUUGUAGAAAUAGGACGGACUGUGGUGAAACAAAGAAAAUACAUAGCGAAAAACCCAAAUGUCACAGCCCAGAAGCAUUUCAAGUUGUAUCCAGGAGAAAACAUCCGAGUCGCAAAAGAUACAUCCUUAGUCGCGAUGUGCAGUGGCCGAGUCAAAUUCACGCAUGACGUCACGCGGGACGUAAAAAUCGCAAACGUCCUGCCAGAAGCGAGAGAAGAGUUGCUUGAGUUAUGGUUCCUUAAUGAGUUUUAUUGAAGUGUGAGUGAAACAAAUGUAAAGGAUCGAAAUCUGCAGGAUCCACAUUUUAACCUAAUCGAACCAUCGAACCUAAUCUGAAAUCGGCGUCAAAGAGUAAGUAGAAGCACCUAAAAGUAGAUCUCCUCUCCACCUAAUCUCGGACGACCUCUGGCGCUACCGUACGGAGCACGUGAGUUCAAUGGAGGAGAACAAAGUUCUCUGCUCUCUGAGGCAGAAAGCUCUCCCAGUUUUUGGGAAAGAAUGGGUGAAGCCGCCACCAGGCAUGCGACCACAGCCAGAUCGACUCACCAAAGGUUAAGGCUUGCCCUAAUCCAUCUUUUUGAAAGACAUCCUGAAGAGGGUCCGUUCCUAAGGGGAAGGAAAAUGAGCAGACGUUCAGGAUGCAUGUGAGGAUGGAUGGAUUCGGGCAAGCUCUAAAAAAACCGUAGUUCCUGGUGGAAUCCACAUAUCCAAGACCCCAUGGCUUUUGUGGAGCAUGCCUAUCCAAUAUCGAAAAGUCGUAUGCUCUUACGGCGUAAGAUUCGAGAACGAACUAUGAACAUAGACGACGCAGUGAAAAGUCCGACAGGCAUAUCCAAUAUGCGCUGAGGAACACAGACGACAGGUUCACUACUGUCACUUCAUCUAUGCGGUAUGGGGGAUCCACACUUAUAUAUAGAUGAGAAGACUUGAUGUUGGCUUGGAUGAAUUGGAGUACAUGGUUUUUCAGGAUCAAGACGAUGGAUAGAUUGAUGUUUUACUCUACUUUGGUAAGAGGAUUACCACGCAGCUGGCAAGGC